AUGGACGCGCAGAGUGAUACAGCUGCCAGAGCCGGUCAGGCUAGGCCGUCUCUCUCACCGGCCGUCGAGAUAGCAGUUCCAAGCACGCCGACUCCAGAGCUGAGCAGCAGCAGCAGCCCUGCGCCCGACUCACAGGCUACCCAAAUCCAGUCGCAACCUGACCGCGUCGACUCCGAGAAGCCCACGAUAGCUUCACCAGCAGUCAGGCAGUCAUCUUCGAGUAUGACGCCUCCUCCGUCAGCUCAGGCACCGGAGAAUGUGUCUACACCAUCCCAGCGCGCUCGUUCUCAGUCGCACCCCUUUCUUGCUUCGCCGCCAUCCACCGUCAACCAGUCGCUGUGUGAUGCGUACGGCAUAUCAGAGCGCCUACCCACCGUGAGCGAGAUUGAUGAUGCUGAUGAGCCCGCGCUUCGAAAGAUAGCGAACGAGCUGCUUGUCGUUGCUCAGGACUUCCGCAUGUCAGCAGCUCACUUCAAGCUUCAAAACAGCCUUCUCUCCCUCACCAGCAACGAGGCCGUCAAACGCGCAGAGGUAGAGCAGCAGCUCGCCAAACGCGAAGUUGAGAUCCUACAGAGUGAUGAGUAUCGUGUUCGUCGAGGUAUUGCGCAGGAGGAAUCAGCACGCAGCUUUCAGAACCAUGAGCUCUCUGGCGCCAGAGCCAGGAUCCAGGACCUAGAGCAGAUGAAUGCUACACUGGACCGCAGACUUCACCGGGCAAAACAGAUCAUCGAGGAGAAGUCAGACCAGUACGAGAUGCUAUUGGAGGAGAAUGGCCGACUGAAGAAGCGUAUUCGAGACAACCGUGAACACUUCACUAUGAUGAUGGACGGCGGAUCUCUCCCGACAAGUCCUCGUGCUGACAUACAUACACCACAACGCAAAGCAGCCGUACUGCCUCCACGUCAUGCUCCCCUAGAGAGCUCUCGUUCUUUCAAUGGUAAACUCGGCAGCCAGGAUUUGCUGGCUACUCUCCUGGCAGCAGACCAGGUCCUGCACGGAGAUAGCUCACGCACCCAACCCCCUUCACAGUCCAAGCCUCGAGGGCACAGAAACUACCACACUCACACUCGUGGUGCGCAUUCGAUGUCUUCCUUGACCCCCAUAUCCCAUGCCAGAAUGUCGGAACCCGCUCAACCCCGUUUCUUUACUCCAGUAAACAAAAAGAUGCGAGAGCCCCGGAUAUCCCCAACACCUGUAUCUGGCCGCCUGGACGAGGAAGAUGAGGGCCGCCAUGACCGUGACAGCACUUUGUCCGCAUCUGACAUCGAGGCAGUCACUGACGAAGACGUGCCAGCGUCUCAGGCUAGCUCUCUAGCCACCAGCAUGCUUCGUCGCUAUCCAGGGACCAGUCAGGAGGAGCCAUCGAUCCCUACCAACAUAGGCAAAUCCAGUGCAAUGCUUCAGACAAAAUUAUUCGGCCAUGUGAAAAAGGCUGGUCUUGAGCGUCCUUCUGACCAUAUGAAGCGCAAGAAUACUAGUUCUGAGGGCAAAUCCCUCUCUCCCAAAAAGGCGAGGGGGUCGAUUCCUCUCCAUCUAAAUGUUGCCGUCUAG